UCCGUCGGUCUCUUCACCUAUCCUGUCCUGCAAGCUGCAGACAUCCUCCUCUACGACGCAGACGCGGUACCUGUUGGCGUGGACCAAGUUGGCCACCUGGAACUUACUCGGGAUUUGGCGCGCGGUGUUGUUGCUCGGUGGCCCUGUCUUGCGCAACAUGUGCGAGUUCCACGUAUCCUACUCAAUGAAGUCCCGAAGGCAAGUGAAUUUGGCCCUUUUAUUGUUCCGUUAUGUGCCUCAUUCCCCGAAACGUCUAGAUGCUGAUUUAUGUUUAUUGGUGUUUGCCUUCUGUGUUGUACUGUAUAUAUACGUUUUUUUCAAAUCGUCAUUAGGCCUGGCACAAUUACAUGACACUAUCUAG